ACCAUCGCCAUGGACUACUCGGCCUCGGACCCAGACCACCCUGCCGGCGCAGAUCCAUGGGCGUCGUCUUCGCCGCAACACAGCAGGUCCACCUUUGCCCAACCGCCCACCACCGACAUUCCUUCCUCUCCGCUGCCCCCGCAGGCUUCACCCUAUGGCGAUGGCUCCGAGAACUAUGGCUAUAUGGGAAGCAACCGUCCCCAGAGUCGCCCAGGAACCGCUGAUGAGAACGGCGAUGCAACCCACCCUCCACCAGCCCAUGACGAAACCGCUCCCCCGCAGCAUCAACAGCAACCCCCACAGUCCGCCGCAAAUCCCCAGCAGGGCCAGCAAUCGCAUUCACAGCCGCAACGCUAUCAUGGAAAUCGCCCACAGCGCCAACAACCUCAGUACAAGCUUCAGGCCAAAGUGACGGGCUUGGAGCGCACUGGCAAGAAGGACCCCAUCCUCAAAUUCGACGUUUACACCAACCUCCCCAAGUUCCGCACUACGCAAUUCCGCGACGUCCGACGCCAGCAUUCUGAGUUCGUCAAGCUUGGCGAGCAUUUGAUAUCCGCCUGUCCCGAGGCCAUGGUUCCUGCCGUCCCGCCUGCCACCACUGCUGCAGGCGCUGGAACGGAUGAAGACGAAGCCCGCGUCAAAGCAUCGAUACAACGCUGGUUGAACGUCGUCUGCAGCAACGAUGUGCUCAUCCGCGACGAGGAAAUGGUCUUCUUUAUCGAAAGCGAUUUUGGCUACAGCCCAGUCAUACGGCGGAAACAGCCAGCAACCGGCGUCAGGCGCAAGGUGAUUAAACAAUUUGCGCCGCCACCAGAUGAUACCCCAGAGCUGGCUGAGGCACGUCCCAUCGUAAAGAACUUUUAUCUCGGCACAAUGGAGACCGAGCAGCGCGUGGAAAAGGUUGUCAAGUCUCGGAGAAAUCUUGGAGUCGCCGAAACUGACCUCGGCCACAAGCUCUCAGCCAUGCAUGUGCAAGAAACUCACCCAGGACUCAGUCUCGCCUACCGAAAGCUAGGAAAAGUCAUUCAAGCAACGGGAGACUAUCACGCAGCCCAAGGCACGGCUGAAGCAACAACCCUUGGUGAUCCCCUCCAAUACCACAGCAGCGACGCCUUCAUCGUCAAGGAAACCCUAACGAACCGCCACAUCAUCCUCCGCGAACUGCUCCAAGCUCAAGCGUCGACGAAAUCCAAGCUCUCCGCUGCAGACCGCCUCAAAGCUUCGUCCUCGGUCAAACGCGACAAGGUGGACGAGGCAAUCGCCGCCCUCGACGAAGCCCGUUCUCACGAAACAUACCUCGUUGCCAAAUCCCAGCGCGUCACGGCCAACCUGCUCACGGAGCAACGUAAGUGGUUCACGCGCACCGCCACCGACAUGAAACUCGCUCUGCGCGAGUACGCCGUCCGCCAGAUCGAGGCCGAGCGCCGCACCCUCGCGACUCUUGAGUCGGUGCGCCCAGAUAUCCGCAACAUUGACGCUUCCGGCGGUCUUUCGAGGCUUGGUCGUGAAGCGCAUCCCCCGCAGCGACGUAUUUCACUCGCUAGCUCUCAGGGACCCAAGGGCGACGCGUGGUCUGGUGUCCCCAGACGGCCUGGGGAUGGGUUGAACCGCAGUGUUAGCGGUGGUGGAUUUGCGGGGCCUGGGGUUCCCGGCGCUGUACCUGAAGAAGGGGAAAGCGGAGGUGACGAUGGAGUUGGCGGAGGAAGGAGACGCGCGGGCAGUAAAGCAGAUGCGGAUGACGAUGAGGAUCGGAUCGAUGCCAGGAAUGCGGCGAGCCGGCUAGCUACGUCGACUUUUUAG